GUGGUUUGACUUUGGUGAAAGUCUAAAUUGGUUUGACCGGUGGUCAAAGAGUUAAUGGGAAACCCGUAACACCUAAAUCGUUUUGAAAAGAAAGAAAAUAAGUUGACUGUUGGUCAACCGUCUAAAGAACCGAAUGUAAAGUUGAAUUGAUUUUUAUUAAAAGGAUAAACAUAUGUACGAUCUUAAUUGUUGAAUUAUUAUGUUUAUUCUUGUGCUCCAAUGGAGUACCACUCAGCGUCAAUGCUGAGCGGAUAGCGUUGUUUUCCUUUUUGCUGUCCGUAGGUGAUCAGGCAGAUGAACCUAGAGCCGAUCCCAGAGGGCAUUGAGGAGGAGAUAAUGAGUCAAGAAUCGACCCACGUUCAGUACGUUCCGGAGCCGGAGCACGUGGGCGUGCACACGGUGAACACCGAGGGUUCGAGUUUCACGCCUCCGGGUGACGGAGGGCAACGACAGAAUCAACCUGCGCCAGCGGGACAGCCACCAGCUGUACCACCGCCAGUCGUACCACCUCCAGUGAUGCCACCGUUGGUGAUACCGCCGGUGGCCUACGAGCAGAUGUUCCCGGCCAUGAUGGCCCAUUAUAUGCAGCACAUGGCGCAGUUUAUGCCCAUAAUCCAGCCACCGCCACCACCACAGCCGCAGCCGCGCAUCGUUACCUUCAAGAUGUUGAAGGAUAAUGGAGCGGAAGAGUUCCGAGGAGACAAUAUGGGGGAGCCCCAGAUUGCAUUGGAUUGGCUUGAGCAGAUGGACCGGGUACUCAAGAAUUUGAGAGUCCCAGAUGCUGAUCGCUCGGAGUUGGCAUCACAGAUGUUCCGGAAGGGAGCAUAUGAUUGGUGGAAGCGCAUUGACCAGGAUCCACACACGCCCAAGCCGUGGACCUGGGAUCGCUUUGAUCGAGCCUUCACGAAGGAGUACGUCCCCACCCGGUACCGCGAGGAGAGGCGCGAUGAGCUCGUUGCGCUUAAGCAGGAGGGGAUGUCACUGCCUGAACUGAGACAGAGGUUCGACUACCUGUCCCAGUAUGCGACGAGUCUGGUCUCCACUCCGGAGGAUCGUUUGAAUGAGUUCGUCAAGAAACUACGGCUGGACUUGAGGCCGUACGCCGCGCUGAUCACGACGACAGAUUUUAAUGCGGCGUAUGAUUUGAUUGUGAAGACGGAAAAGAGCUUGGACGAUCUGCAGGCAACCAAGAAAGAGGAUCGAGCGACGAAAGACCCGCGACCCGCGGCCAGCACCGGGCCGAGCGGGAAGAGUUUUGGAUUCGGGGGAAAGAGGUACGAGAAGGGUUCUUCGAGUGCGCCGCCGCCUAAGAGGAGGCAUUUCAUGAGGCAUUGCCCGACAAACCCUAGCAGCGAGCCUGUUUUACAUAGAGCUCCGGAUCAGCCUGCCGCAUCACAUCCAGCACGGAGUCAGCAGUCUACGGCCGCAAAUAAUCAGCAGAGAGCACGUCCGCAGCAGUCAGGCCGGGCACCAGCGCGUACCUACGCCAUGCAUGGGCGCACAGAUCCUAGCCCCGAUGUUAUCUUGGGUACGUUCGUACUAUUUGAUUCGGUUAUGCAUGCCUUGAUCGAUCCGGGUUCUACGCUCUCCUAUAUCUGUGUUGGCAUGCCUGCUAAUUCUACGAUUGUGAGGAGUGAUCUUGAGAUACCUACCAUUGUAUCGAAUCCGCUAGGACAUAGCAUGCGUCUUCAUCACGUUUAUGAUAGAUGUCCGUUGUCCGUGCAAGGGAAGCAAUUCCCUGCAGAUUUGAUAGAGCUACCACACAAGGAGUUUGACAUUAUCCUUGGUAUGGAUUGGCUCACCGAGCAUAGAGCAGUGGUCGACUGCAGUUGUCGGAUCGUACGGCUGAGAGCCGAGGACGGUAGCGACGUAUCACUCUCCGGGGAGGUGUUCCCCAAGGCUCCCGAGUUCAUAUCGUCCUUGAGCGCAAGGCGCUUGAUUCGCAAGAAGUGCGAGAUGUUCCUGUGUCACGUUCAGGAUAUGCGAAAAGAAUCGCCACGUCAGCAGGACAUUCGUACGGUUUGCGACUUCCCCGAUGUCUUUCCCGAAGACCUACCUGGUUUGCCUCCGCCGAGAGAGGUAGAGUUCUCGAUCAAUCUCAUUCCGG